CAAACCCAACACUUACACACACCCACCCACACACACACACGCACACACAGCCAUGCACAUUAAAACCGAUACACCGGCAAUGCGCUAUUAAAUUACACUAGACAGAAUUACCUUAGCAUUGAUUGUAGCAUUGCCGAUAGAGAGGUACUGUACACCAGAGUGUGCUAUGAAAUGAUAUCAAGAUUGCACUGCGUUAGACCGGGUAUUAAAAAUGUGCUAGGGAAUACAGAUUAGCAGGGACUUAAUUACAUGAGCGUAUAGUGUAAUUAUACAGCCCUCUUAUGCAUUUCAUUUUUCGCUUUUAAAUACAGAAUAUAGACGGGCAGGAUUAUUUUUUGGUCGAGGUCGAUAAUGAUAGCACUAGACUUAAUUAAAACGCAUUAGAUUUAUUACAUUUCAAGCAUUUUUUUUUUCUUUUAAAUUUUUAAAUUUUAAAUAAUAAUAAUAAUAAUAAUAAUAAUAAUAAUAAUAAUAAUAAUAAUAAUAAUAAAUACUCGACCCAACAGCAUAUGCCUGUAUGAUAUAUUGCAUUGUUAGUUAGUAUCUUUAUAAAAUCAGUCGCGGUAUUUAUUGAUUUCUGGUCCGAUUAUUAUGUGCAGCUCAGCCCAAAUUCAGCAGGAGAUUUGUAGUUUAAUUGGUGGUAUUUCCAGCCGGUCUCCGUGAAUUUGGCGUUAUGGCAUGCAGUAAACCCUACGCGGAGGUGACUAGGGAGGUGCUAGACAGCGUGAAGAAAGUUUUGGAUAAAUCUUCAAUCAAGGUCAUUCAGCGCAUCAAACUUCAACUCAAAAGUAACAGGUUUGAAGAUAAGAUUCUGGUUCUGACAUCAUGGAGACUGUACCUCUUGGCUGCCAGAGUUCCAACAAAGGUUGAAAUAACCUUUAAUGUUUUGGAGAUCCGGAGUAUCAACAGUUUAGCAGAAAACCAGGUUGUCAUAGAAACAGAGAAGUCCACCUACUGCCUUCGAUUCCAGCCAUUGGACGAUGUGGAUCACGUGAUCAGCCACGUGAACUUUGCCCUCUCUAAAAUCUUCCACAGCUCAACUUUUGCCCCCUCUGUUCGUCUGGGUGAUGCUGAAUUGUCGGAUGGCGGUCGGAAGUUUUCCCCAAAUUCGGACACUUCACUGGAAGCAACGCAGGGAGCGUGUGGUGGUUUCUCUGAGACGUACGCUGCUCUCUGUGAUUACAAUGGGAUCGGCUGCAAGGAGGAAGUGCAGUGGGAUGUGGAUACGAUCUAUCACUCUCAGGACAAUAGAGAAUUCAACCUGCUGGAUUUCAGUCACCUGGACAGCAGGGACCUGGCUGUGAUCGUGGCAUCGAUGGCUUACAACCAGUGGUUUACUAAACUCUACUGCAAAGACAUCAAGAUGGGGUCAGAGGUCACAGAGCAGGUUCUGCACACGCUCAGUAAGUCCAGCAGUCUGGAAGACAUCACGCUGGAGAACUCGGGACUCAAGUCUGAUUUUGCUCUGAAGCUGGCACUGGCUCUGUCUGAAAACCCCGUCUGUGUGGUACACUCGCUCAACCUGGCUCACAACCAGCUGGAUGACAAAGGAGUAUCCUCUCUGGUUCAGCAGCUUUGUCGUUCUCCGAAGGGACUGAGACUUCUCAACUUCUCCAAGACAGCCAUCACCUCCAGGGGUCUGGUGUCUCUCUCUCAAGCUCUCUGCUCCAGUAAUGAGUUCUCCUCUUCACUUCUUCACCUGGAUCUCAGUAAAAAUGCUGGGAUCCUGUCUGGGGAGGAAGCAGCAAAUCUCUACCUGUUUCUUGCCCAGCCUAACUGUCUGGUUCACUUGGACCUGUCUGGUACUGACUGUGCUAUUGACACUUUGUGCUGUGCAUUGCUUCGUGGAUGCUGCGCUGAUCUCUCCUACCUCAACCUCUCCAGAAAUGCCUUUUCACACAAGAAAUCUAAAGAAACUCUCCCCUCCUUCAAGCAGUUCUUUACCUCUGCGUUCAGCCUCAACCACAUCAGUCUGUCUGGAGUAAAGCUGCCUGCCGAAGCCCUCAGAGCUCUCUUUCAGGGUUUGUCUUCCAACGCUCACCUUAAUGAUGUUCACUUGGAUAUCAGUGCCUGUGAGCUGCGAUCUCAGGGCGCCUCUGUGAUUCAGGAGUUUUUUUCAGGCACUUCGUGCAUCUCCACCCUCGACAUCUCAGACAACGGAUUUGACUCCGAUCUGCUGACUGUGAUUCCAGCGCUGGGGCAAAAUAAAUCCCUCAGACACAUCCUGCUUGGAAAGAACUUCAAUGUGAAGAACAGGAUGCUGGAAGAUGUCUUGCAAAAGAUAGUUCACUUGAUCCAAGAGGAAGACUGUUCUCUCCAGUCCCUGUCCCUCACGGACUCGAGGCUCAAGUCUCGCACGAGUAUCCUGGUGAACGCGCUGGGAAGCAACACCUGCUUGCGCAGAGUGGACCUGAGUGGGAACAGCAUGGAGGAUAUUGGGGCAAAGAUGCUAGCCAAGGCCCUGCAGAUCAACAGCAGUCUGAGGACAGUCACGUGGGACAGGAACGGUACCACUGCUCAGGGAUUCCUGGAUGUGGCGCGGGCUCUGGACCAUAACUUCACUCUGCAGUUCAUGCCUGUGCCACUCAGCGAUGUCACUCAGGCCUACCGUAGCGCCCCCGAGAGGACAGAAGAGGCAUUACACAAGAUUCAGAGGAGUUUGCUUCGGAACAACCAGAGCCAACGAUUCUCUCAGCAGCAAGCUUUCCGACUGCACCAGGGCAUUGUGACCAGCACUACCGAGCAAGUGCUGGAGCGUCUCUGUGUGAAAGUGCAGGACAGUGUGAGAGUGCUGAGGAGCUGCCCUGUGGAGUCAGUCAGGGAGGACCUGCAGAGGGCCAGAGACACACUGAAGGAGGCGCGCAACUCCAGAGCUCUCUUCCCCAGUCUGUUUGAACUGGGACACAUCCUUGCAGUGGACGGUCCAGUGAGACAUCGUCUCGAGUCAGUGGCCAGCGACGUGUCCAAGGCUGUGGACAAGGAGCUGCAGGUGAUUCUGGAGUCCAUGUCGUCUCUCUCUCAGGAGCUCUGUCCCCUGGCUGUGUUCCAGGCCGAGUCUCACAAUAAGACCCUCUCCUCUGUCUCUGAGCGUGUCACCGUCCCACGCUCUGUGGUCAAGGCUGCCCUGGUGGAGAGAGCAGGGCAGGACAUCCAGAACAGACUUGAUGAGGUUAAGCUUGACGUGGUCACCUAUCUCACCAACUCUAUUGUGGAUGAAAUCUUGCAGGAGCUCUACUCCUCUCACAAGAAACUGACUCGUCACAUCUCCCAGCUGAGGCGUCUGGCCGAACAGGAAGCAGGAUUUCUGGGAACGCUGCAGGAUCGAAGCUCCAGGAGAAAACAUCGGAAUUCUGAGGACAUGACAGACGAGGAGCUUUACACCAGCAUAGACACCAUUGCUAUUCGGAAACAGACCUCUCGCACUCGCAGAAUCCGUCCAGUCUCGACAUUCCUGAGCUUGUCAGAGCCACGCUCCUCUUCUCCUCCCCCUCUUCACUCCUCCCUCAGCUUCGCUCCUCUCUCUCUCUCACAGAGCUCAUCCUGUGAGGGCCUGGACGUCCUGCCUACCCAGGGUGCACCUCUGCAGCAUGUCACCCGUGUCAGGCCCCGCCCCCCACGGAGACACCCCCGGCAACCGCUGAGUUCCGCGCCCCCCCCACCAAACAGCAACAGUGACGGGGGUGAGGGGGGAGUGAGCCAACUAGAUGAGGGGCUGCCUGACUUCUACAGCAAGAGAGUUCUACCAAACAGUCAAUCCUCGUCUCAUUCCAAAUCCCAAACUCUGCCCUUUAAUCAGAAGAAAAGAAAAAACAAACGCUCCAUUUUCACGUUCCGGAGAAAUCGAACGCCUACCGUUCCGACCAAUCAGAGCUCAGAGAAGCCGUCGGGGGGAGGGGACUGUGGGGAGGAGUGUAGGACUGCGGUGACAUCAUCACCAGUCACCGCCUCCUCUUCCUCCUCAGUGUCACUUCGCGCAGUGCCCUCUAGCUUCUCCUCCUUGUACUGCACAGAGAAUUACAGUCCCAGCACUGCCAGCCCUGCCCACACAGACCCAGAGGCUGAUGGGAUUGAGGAGGUCCCUAAGAGGAAGGCACAAGGGGGACUGGUGGAGGCCAAACCAGUUCAGGGAAUCCUACUGCCUGGAAUGGGAUUACUAGGAAUGGGGUAUCCAGGGAAACAGAAAAACGAUUUGGACAAAACCAGUGAGGGGAAACAAACAGUCAGACAGGAACCAGUUCAGACUUGUUUCAAACCACAGCCUCCACCCCAGUCUCUGAAACCCAGUUUGGCCACCUUCAGACAAACCAAAGUCUCGGAAACAUCUGUAGCUGCAUUUUAUCUGGAGAAUGAAGCUGCUCAGGAUGAAGAGAAUGACGUGGAAUUAGCAGAAGAGGAGAGAGAGAGGGAGAGGGUGAGCGAGGAAGAGCAGAGACAAACGACAAACUUUCCAGAAACAGCCCCGCCCCUGCCACCUUCAACUCUGACAUCAUCCCAGGAGGUGGCCAAUGAGAAGCAAGCUCCUCCUCCUCUCCCGUCGCCUAGCUCCAAGCCUGUGUUUCAAAAGAGAGAGAGGGAGAAUUCGGCUCAGGAUUUUCCUAAAGGCUGUGCUCCAGUCAAACCUUUUCGAACCCGACGCACUUACUCUACUGAGAAUGAGACUGCUGUGACCGCACCCCCCUGUAACCAAGGCACUCAGAAAGACACCCUUGCUCCACAGACAAGACCCCCGGACAGGAAGCCUGCCGUGAAAGCAAAACCUCUAAUGAACUGCCCACUAGUGAUAGAAACAGGCAAUGACAAUCAGACAGAAAGAGAACUUCAAUCCUGACUACUUCCGAGGCAGCAAUCAACAAUCCAACUGGAGAGAGAGAGAGAGAGAGAGAGAGAGAGAGAGAGAGGAGAGAGAGAGGAGAGAGAG